UUGCCGCCACAGUGGCAGGCGAUGCGUGACGAGUGUGCCCAGAUGCACCCAGACUACCAGUACAUGCUUUGGACGGACGCCGAGUCGCGCAAUUUUCUCGUCGAGCAUUACCCCUGGUUCGUCGCCGUCUUUGAUGCUUAUCCUUACCCCAUCCAGCGGGCCGACGCCAUUCGCUACUUUGUCCUCUAUCACUACGGCGGCAUCUACAUGGACCUCGACGUUGGCUGUCGCCGGCCCUGUGAUCCAUUGCUCCGCUUCGAGGUUGUGCUGCCAAAGACGAUUCCCGUGGGCGUGUCCAACGACGUCAUGCUGGCCGCAAAGGGUCAUCCUUUUAUGGACUACCUCAUCCACAAUCUCGUCGCCUUCAACCACCGUUACGUGACUCACUAUCCUACCGUCAUGUUCAGCACAGGGCCCAUGUUCGUCAGCUCCUCGUACCAGCUCUAUGCCAACGUGCACAACCAGUCGAUGCCCUCGACGUCUUGGGCGCCUUCCGCGGGCUUUUCGGGCGUCCGCAUCCUCUCCAAGGCGCUGUAUGGCAAGAAUGCUGCGCUUUCUGAGGUCCCCGAUGCCUUUUUCCGCCACUUUUACGGCUCCAGCUGGCAUGCCAAGGACGCCAGCUCCCUCAUCUUUCUGCGCGAUCACGGCCCCGUCUUUCUGGUCUUGGGCGCUUGCCUCGUCCUCUACGGC